AUGCCGAAAGUCGUUUUCUCCUAUUUCCCUCUGAAGGCGUUAGGUGAGUCCACUAGGUUGCUCCUAGCUUACGGUGGUCAGGAGUUCGAAGACCGUCGUAUAUCGUUCCCUGAUGAAUGGCCUGCUAUUAAACCUACCACACCCUUUGGGCAGUUGCCAGUUUUAGAGAUCGAUGGUAAAAAAUACGCACAAAGCGUAGCCAUUGCGCGCUACCUCGGUCGCAAGUACGGGCUCGCCGGGCAGGAUAUUGAGGAAGACUUCGAGAUCGACCAGAAUGUCGAGUUUCUUAAUGACAUCCGUGCUAAGGCAGCGACAGUUCACUACGAGGCCGAUGAGGCGAAUAAAGCAAAGAAACAUGAAGACUUUAGCAAGAACGUGUACCCGGUAAUGCUCAGCAAGUUGGAUGAAAUUGUAAAGAAAAAUAAUGGUCAUAUUGCUGCUGGAAAGCUUACGUGGGGGGAUUUUGUUUUCGCCGGUAUGUUCUACUAUCUCAAAGCAAUGAUGCAAAUACCAGAUCUAGAGAAACAGUACCCAAGCUUCCAACGAAUCAUCGACGCAGUAUAUGCAGAUCCUAAAGUAAAAACUUACAGCGAGAAUGUACCUAAAUCUGAGUAUGAUUUC